GUAGCCUGGAUCUGCAUUCUCCCGUGCGAAUUCGACGCGGCCAAGGUGCUUCUAGAUGCGCGAUACGACGACGUGACGUCCGCCACCGGGGAGAAGUACGUCCUGGGCCGGAUGGGCCGUCACAACGUCGUGAUCGGUUGCUUUCCCGCCGGAUUUCUGGGUACGGCCCAGGCCGCGAGGGCCGCACUCAGUAUCAAAUACGAGUUCCCAAACGUUCGGUUCUGUCUCCUUGUUGGGGUCGCCGGGGGCUGCCCCGACCCCAAAGAUAAGGACAAGGACGUCCGUCUCGGCGACGUGGUCGUCAGUGAGCCGAAGGGGAACCGGGGCGGAGUCGUGAAAGUCGACGCGGGCAAGAAUACCGAUGGCGGAUUCAAGAUCUUCUCCCACCUCAACAAGGUUCACGGUGAACUUCUCUCCGCAAUCCAGUCGCUCAAGAGCGACCACCGCACAAAGCGGACCAGGGCAAUGGACGAAUACAUGAGCGCGGCGAUGGCCAGUUCCGAGGACUACUCGGAUCCGGGGUAUUUUAAACGGCCCCCGCCAGAGAGCGAUCGCCUAUUCCGAUCCGACUACCCGCACCCGUCUGGAGAACCCGACUGCAAGAAUUGUAGCAACGACCACGUCCUGAGCAGGCAGCAGCGGGCACAAGUGGGCGGCGGUAGAAGUGCGGCGGCAGAUUCCCCCAAGAUCUGGUAUGGCACGAUCGGCACGGGCGACCACGUCCUACGGUCCGCGCGGGAGCGCGACCGGUUGAGCCGCGAGGAAGGUAUCCUGUGCGUGGAGAUGGAGGCGGGGGGCGUGAUGGAAACGCUACCGGCGCUGGUGGUGCGGGGCGUCUGCGACUACGCCGAUAGCCACAAGAACAAGCAGUGGCAGCCAUACGCGGCCCUCGCCGCGGCCGCCUACGCCAAGGACCUGCUCACCUACGUGGAGAAGGCG